UAGAGGGAUAGAAAUCCAACCUACUGUGGAUAUAUUCGUCUCAUAACCUCUGAAUUCGCAUUUUGGAGUUACUGCGAUUCACAAAAGGCGCAACGAAAGAUCAAUUUUGUUGUUCGGCAUCAGGUUCUUCACAAUUGGCUGCAUACUCACUCCUAAUUUGUUCGAGAUCGGUAACCACAGGUUACAUCCAUAAAGUGUAGGUCAUGCAGACCACUUGCACAGUAAUGUAAUGAAUAGCUGUGGGAACUCUAAUAUUAGCACGAGGCUACGUGGAUCUAAGUACGUUGAGUCUCAAGAAGAGUCUAUAAAUCAAGGAAGGGGGAUAAACAAAGAAGAUAAUAGUGUGAUAAGUGGUUACAGUGUGAAUGAUUUUAAUGUACCACGCAACACUCUGGUUAUUUGUCAACGAACUUCCAACUAUUCAUCAGAUCACGGCUAUACCAGAUUUAAGCCAAGACUCAGCGGUGUAUCACGAAAUGAAUUUCGAAUGGCACGUGGUGGCAGCAAUGCAGACCGUGCGAGAGGUGGAGUACGUGGUGGGAGGGCCUUCAAGAAGACUCUCAAUGAUCGCGACUCAAACUCAGAGUCCGGCUAUCUCUCUUCAUCUAGACCCAAGUUUCAAGAAUCGUUGAAAAAUCAAGAGAAUUCACAGGGCAAAUACUACGAUGAUAAAAGAAUAAAUGAGGAUUCGAGAAUUUCCAAACUUUUGCGCCGACUGUGCCGUGAAGAUGAUUACGAUCACUUCAUGGCGCUUUGCAAACAAGUACAGGAAGGUAUCACAGCACCUGAAAACCAACGAUAUAUACGACGGAACUUAGAGUUUAUAUGCGACAGUCUGUUAGAUAUUCUGCACUCAGGCCCUGGUCAGGAAGCGAAGCAACAAGUUGCAAAAUGUUUGGGUCGAAUUGGAUAUGUGGUAGAUCAAGAUUUUAAGAGUUACAUGGACUGGAUCUUCAACAAAUACUCUUUGGAACACAAAGAUGAUGUGAAAUGUCUACUAAUGAAGUCACUUAUCGAAACACUCAAGAUGGAUUCGGAGACGUCGAAAUUGAAAGAACUUGCCACACCAAUGAUGUCCCAGUUGCAAUCGAUAUUGGAAAACGUCGACAGACCAGAUUUACUAGUGGCGACAGUAGAUGCUAUAUUGCUUAUCAUAGACACUUACCCGACAACGUUCACAAGCCACUUCCGUGACACCGUGGACAUACUCGUGGGUUGGCAUAUCGAUUCCACGCAGCAAAAGUCGGUUGUCGCUUACGCCAGUCGAUGUUUGCAAAAGUUACGUACGUUCUGGAUAGCGGAUCUGCAGUUCACAUUGACGUUGUUGGGCCAAUUCUUGGAGGACAUGGAGAGUUACGACGAGGAGUUGAGUUCACCCGAGUCUGGCCGUAACUCGCCCGGUGACGACGGCACCCCGACGCCUAGAGAAUGCAUCCUACGGAUCACCUCAUUGAUCUCUGUUUUCAACACUGUCACAAAGAGCAUAUCCGAACACUUGAAUCCGAACAUCACACCUAGUGUGCAAUGGUCUUUCCUAACGGAUUGUCUGUCAAAAAUGCUGAAAACUGUCGUUAAGGCGAUCGAACUGGAAGAAGAGAAUGACAUCUGGUCCAAGGGCGUGUCCGACAACAUCGAGAGCUUGAUUAAGCGCGUGAAAAAUGUGAGUUCGUCGCAGCAACACACCGAGAUACUUUCCAAGCAUUUCAGCAAAGACGAAAUCACCGAGGAAAAUCUCAUCAAGAUGAUCAAGGCUUUGACGAUAAAUAAGAAAAAUGAUAAGAAAAACUCGACGAUACUUCCCGAGAAAGACGUCGUGUCUAAAGAGAAGGGACAAUUGCUAUUGAACUUGCUACUGUCGAUGGAGCUGAAAACUAGACAAAUCAACGAGCUGUCGGAGGAGAAGGAAGAGUUGAUCGUAGUCGCGAACGAAUGCGCUUUCUUGCUCCUUGGUUACCUUCAGAGUCGCAUUACCAAGAAUCACGAACUUCUCUAUAAGUUCAUAGAUCUGCAGUUACAGAGAGUCGACAUCUUCUGGGACGAGACCAUCAUCUCGAUGUUGACUACCAUAUCCAAGAUAAUCAAGGAAGUGUCCGCGAAUUUGCCGUUGGAGCUGGUGCACAAACUGCUCGGCAAGAAUUCAAUGCUGCUGAAGUUACGAUUUCGGAAUUCCAUUUCCAUUCAAAACGCGAGUCUUGGUGUAUAUCACAGUCUGCUCAGCCUGAAGAAUAUCCCAUUACUGCAGGAGUCCUAUCGUUAUAUACUAGCCGAUCUGGAAAUAGCUUACCGGCUUAUAUUGCCGGACAUUGACAGUUUGGUCGCGGAAAAUCCGCUGAACGACUUAAGAUACGCGAAGAGCGACGUCGUGAUCAUAGUUACGUUCAUACUGCGCGCUCUCUCAGACAUAGCUAAUGCAAGUAAUUCGAUUAUCGGAAUGUGGGCGCUGAAGCCCAGUAUCCUGGAACUUCUUGCGGUCAAGCUGAGACCCUACGACACCACGUUGUCUACGAGCAAUCCGUUUUUGCAACAUAGCAUCUUGUAUCUGCUUUAUACGCACUGCUCCAGGUAUAAUCACUUUGUUCCAAGCUCCAGCUUGAUAAUGGGUACUACUGGUUGCCGUCAAAUAGAUAUGUUUCCUGGUACUUUGGACGUGCCAACCACGUCACCAACUAGUGGUCACUUAUCCAUCAUUCUCAAUCUGAUAGCGAAAACGUACAGAAACAAUAGAAACACACCUGUUCAGACGUUGCAACUUCUGUUCAAUUGGAUGCAAGAGAUCUGUAUACAGUCCGAGAAUUACAUCGGGAUCUUGAGCAAGACGCAGGAGUGUGAGAACAUAAUCGCAAGUCUAAUCGAUUGCGGCGCUACGACCAACAACGAUAUUUCCAGCGCGGUAUGCAAUCUCUUCGAGAUCCUGAUGACCGCGAAGAACGUUAUAUGGAAGCAAAAGACAUAUUCGAGCAUCGUGGACCUAGCGAUGUUGCAUUUGACGUCGUGUGACAAAGCGGUUCGCGAGAAGUACAGCUCAUUGCUAAUGCGUAUGCCCAUCAACAUUGUUAUACAGAAGCUGAACAGAGAAUGUUUAUUCUCGGACACCAAAAAAAUACGAGAAAUCGAGACAUACUCGACGGAAUCGUUAGUGCUCGCUCAGAGACUGCACAUGCGAGGUAACAAUAACGGGGAGCUGCUCUCGCAACAUUUCAAAACGUACAUGACGUUCUUGUUGCAAGAACACUAUCUCGACGUAUCCGGUUUAUCAGAAAUCUUCACCUUGAGCUGGCCAGCCGUAUCAGAGAGUGAGACUAUAGUGCGAAUGUAUCAUUUGGCGUUGGCGAAUUGCUCGUUUCUAUUUUUUUGGAGCGGCUUUGAGGCGGCGCAGCACUGUGUCGUCAAUAAGCUUCGUACUUACCUGGGGAAGCCGCAAGAGACAUUCACGUCGAUCGAAGGUGCCUUGAAGGUUCUAGCUCGCGAGAUAUCGUGCAGCAUGGACGUGACCAAGAAGGACAGACACGGUUUGGAUUAUAUCCUACACGAACAAACUCGCGUGAGAUUGCUCGUCGAGUUCCUCGAGCACCUAGAGAGAGUGAUCCACAACGCCGCAGACGGUUGCGCAAUGGUGCUGCUGCCGUUGUCCAAGCCGGUCAGAACCUUCUUUCAUACCAACAAAUCAACGUGCAAGGAAUGGUUGAAUCGCAUACGACUGGCUCUGUGUGUGGUCUCGUUGCAUUCGGGUUUGGCGACGAGCGCAUUGCGAAACGGCCAACGUCUGUUGGAGGACCUGAGUAAUGCUGAUAAUACUCAGGGCGUUGAGUUCGAAAGAGCGACGCUGUGGACAGCUCAGGCGAUGGUGACGUUGGGCGAGGCGGAGGCGUUGCAAGGUCUCUACGUGUACACCAAAGAGAAGGACAGGAAAUUCCCAUGGCUGAAAGCAGUCAUGGAGGAGGCCGCCGGACACUACGAGUCUGCUGCGGACAGCUAUAAGCAAAUCAUUGAAGACCAAGUGCAAACUAAAGUAGAUGACGAGGCCAGGUCUACGAGGAAUGAAAGUGACAAUCAAGUGUUGAGUUUUUGCAUGCAACGACUUGCCAACUGCUACAAAGCUACAAGCGACUGGUUCGGAUUGGAAGCCUGGAAGCUGCAGGAGACUGACAUGCUGACUCAAGAGAAAGAUGUUCUGUUAAAGAAGCAGUUGACGGAGAAUAUCACGCUGCAGCAGGCGAGUUGCCUGAAGAAGUUCGAAGAAGGCGAGCUGAUCUCUCUGGACGAGCUGACGAAUUGGAAUCUGUUGGACGAGAAGAAGAGCAACUGGAGUUGCGCGAGAACGUUGGUUGAAUGUAGCAACAGCUUAACCAACGCUGCGCUGCAGAUUCGCGGGAACGAGUUCAAGGUCUCGCUUGAGAGCGAGAUCGAGAGAUGCCAGAAGGUCGCGGCUAAGACAAUGCAGGACGGUUUGCGCAACGUGCCGUCGGAAUAUUUAAGUGACGCUAUAUUGCUUCAAUAUUCCGCAACGGGACUGAAGAAUCUGUUAAGCGGCAAAAACGACAAUAUCUUUGCAUUGUACAAAGCCGACAAGAUAAACGACAUUGCCUCGAACGUCCUGACACAGGUCCUAUGGUGGUCGGAGUACUUCAAUCAAUCAUGCGACAACGGCACCUCGGAGGUGGAUAGUCUGCGAUUGCACGUGAUCAGAACCGCCAGGAAAGAAGGUAACUUUCAGUUGGCGAAACGGGAGAUGGUGAAGUACGUCAAAAUGGUGCAGGAUCUGUUCCAAGUGAAAAAUUCUAACACCUGCAACUUUGCCGAGAUCACGAGCUGCGUACUGAACGAGGCGAGCCGCGUAAAAUGGACGAAGAAUAGUAUGCGCGCUUUCCGAGAGUUCUCCAAGCUGUUGUACGACAUGGAGAACACGAGCGAGGCCUUGAAGAUGUGCUGCGUGACCUCGUUGGGGAUUUCACAGGCUAUCGUCAGCGGCGAACAGUCCGCCGAUCUACGGGAAACAGGCACCAAACUGUUGCUCACUCUCGGCAAGUGGAUACAGCAGGACAUCAACGUGAGCGACAAUCCCCAGCUGGAAGAGCUCCUUCGCUUUGAGGCUGUGCACAAUGACGGUCUGAUGAAUAAGCUAUUCGGUGACACCGUCGAUCUUAUUCCAACGUCGGAUAUGAUAAUUGGCAAACUUAUGCAGUUGGGCGUGAACCAAUGUCCGGAUCUGCCGCUCGCUUGGUCCAGCUUCGCCGCUUGGUGCUACAAAUGGGGCCGCAAAAUCGUGGACAACUCGAAUUCAGGUCAGCUGACCGACACUGACAGAUUGAAAAUACAGUCCCUGUUACCGGUGGACAUUGUCGAAGCUGAUCUCAAUACUAUCUUCUCCAUAUUGAGCCAGAACAAGACUAUACCCGAAGACGAAGGUGACAUCGACACCAAUGAUAUCAAUACGUCCGACAUGAUAGAGAAUCAAUUGCGGAACGUGCCGGUGCUGAAUCGCGCCGCUAAUGAACACCUCGCCAUGUUGGUCGACAUCUGGAGGCAAGCGCAAAAGAGAAUCUAUUCGUAUUACGAACUUUCCGCGAACGCGUACUUUAAGUACUUGCAAUUGGCGAACAACGAGAGCAACGAGUGCGACACCAUCACGGCGACGUUACGGCUGCUGCGACUUGUCGUCAAGCAUGCUUUGGAACUGCAGAAUGUGCUGGAAGCCGGUCUUUCGACCACCCCGACCGCUCCGUGGAAACAGAUCAUACCACAGUUAUUCUCGAGGCUCAGCCACCCCGAGGCAUAUGUGAGAACUCAAGUGUCGGAGCUGUUGUGUCGAGUAGCGGAGAAUUCGCCGCAUCUCAUCACGUUCCCGGCCGUGGUCGGCGCAGUGUCAGGCCGCGAGAAGAAGGCCUAUGAUAAGGUCAUCUACGAGAAAUCCGACAAUGACAAUUCGCAGAACGACCUGGACUACAACGAAGAGGACACCGCGUACAAUGACGAACAUGAGAGCUUCAUGGACUCCUGUUUCUCGCAGCUGGUCGACUGUCUCUCGAGUCGUAUCCAAGACUCUGUGGUUCAGGUGAAGGUGUUGGUGAAGGAGCUCAGGAGAAUCACGCUUCUGUGGGACGAACUGUGGCUGGCGACUUUGUGCCAGCAUCAUACCGAGAUCACGAAGCGAUUCGAGCAAUUAGAGGUUGAGAUUCAACGCGUCCAGGACAACGUCUGGCUCACAACCGAGGAGAAGGACAAGCUGAUUGCAGAGAAGCACAGGAUCAUCUUGAAGCCGAUUACUUUCAUCCUCGAGAAUCUACUCUCUAUGACGUCCGUGCCUGCCGAAACGCCGCAUGAGAAAAACUUUCAAGAGAAGUUCGGCGUCACUAUCGAGGAUGUGAUCAAUCGACUGAACAACCCCAAGAACCCGGCGAAGCCUCAGUUGGCCAGUGUGCCACUCAAGCAUCUGGAGGCGAAGCUGGCGCAACGUGUGCACCGACGGGCCGCUUACUCCUUAUUGAUGACCGACAUCAGUCCUAUCCUGGCAAAUCUGAAAGACACCUGUAUCGCCAUGCCGGGCGUCGCCGCCAUCGACAACAAGGUCGUCACGAUCAUGUCAGUGAACAACAAUGUUCAAAUUCUGCCAACGAAGACGAAGCCGAAGAAGCUGAUAUUCCACGGCUCCGACGGUCACGUUUACACAUACCUGUUUAAGGGUUUGGAGGAUUUGCACUUGGACGAGAGAAUAAUGCAGUUCCUGAGCAUAUGCAACACCAUGAUGUCGAAGAACAGCGAGACGAAAAAGGCCUAUAGAGCGCGGCAUUAUUCUGUGAUACCUCUCGGUCCUCGAUCCGGCCUCAUUCAGUGGGUCGACGGUGUCACACCGUUAUUCAUACUCUACAAACGUUGGCAGCAGCGCGAGUGCGCCAUGACCAACAAGACCGGCAAUUCGGCCAUCAUGCGACCGUCUGAAUUGUUCUACAACAAGCUCACACCGUUACUGAAGGAGCGUGGGAUAAGUCUGGAGAACCGUAAGGAGUGGCCCAUUCAGGUGCUGAAGCAAGUACUAGCUGAGCUGAUGAACGAAACACCAAAGGAUCUAUUAGCUAAGGAAAUCUGGUGCAACAGCAUCAACGCUGGCAGUUGGUGGCAAGCCACCAAGAAUUAUUCGUACUCCGUCGCGGUAAUGUCCAUCAUCGGCUACAUCAUCGGUCUUGGUGACAGGCACUUGGAUAACGUUCUCGUUGAUCUCAACACCGGUGAGGUUGUGCAUAUCGAUUACAACGUCUGCUUCGAAAAAGGGAAGACUCUGCGUGUCCCAGAGAAAGUGCCAUUCCGCAUGACACCGAACAUCAAAGCGGCCUUAGGAGUGACCGGUGUCGAGGGUAUAUUUAGGUUCGCCUGCGAGCAUACGCUAAGAGUGAUGCGCAGAGGUCGAGAAACACUGCUCACCCUGUUGGAGGCCUUUGUCUACGAUCCUCUGGUGGACUGGCGUGCCGGUGCGGAUACCAGUAUAGCGAGUUACGGAGCGUGUCAGGCUAGAGCCAGGUGCACCGGCAUCGGCAGGAAGCAACUGGAGCAGGAGCUUACGCGCGCGAUGUUCGCCGUGAGGACCGCAGAAAUGCGCGCAGAAUGGCUAGCCAACAGUGACGAAUUGUCCAAGACAUUUCCACUGCUGUGUCAUCACCUGAACUGUUGGAUCGAAGCGACCGAAGCCUCACGCCAGUGUCAGGAUUUACUGCAGGAUCGACAUCAGCAGCUCGCUCUGGUGAAGGAGGCGCAGGCGAUGGGCCGAAAUCACGCCUUGUAUUCGGUAGUCAAGCGAUACAAUUCGUUCAAACGUGCACGGGACGCUCAUGAGAAAGCAAAGGCCGGCCUGAAGGAGAAGAUAGAGGAAUGCGAGAAACAGAUCAACAUGCAUAAUAUCGCACUGGCGACGGUGCGUGGACCCCAGCUGGGGCAAUGGCUGGCGGAAUUGGGAACCCCGGCGAACCAGGAGGAACAUGUGGUAUUCGAUCUUGUGAAAGAAUUCUUACAGAACGCUGGCCAGAGCCAAAUGAUAUUGCAGUGCGAGCAAUCGGAAAACGAAUUGACGCAGCUGGCCACCCAGCAGUCGCACUUCAUACGCAGCUGUUUGGAACAGCUGAGCCAGUAUUCUGCGAUCUGUAGCUUGUAUCCUAUGAGCACUCUGUCGCAACAUCGCACGGUCCUCUAUCACACUUGGGCAAAUAAACUGUUAAUCUCGGGCACCGUAGAGGCGUGCCACGAAGUCAUGGCGCAAUUCGAAGCGAAUUUAGAGCCGACCAAUCCGAACAGUCCACAGGUCCAACAGAUAAUCAAUUUCUCGUAUCAGAUGCAAAGCAUACUGAACGAAUCGAACGAGAGAUUUAAGAAGGCGUACGAAAGAGUGAUGUCUGAAGGACUGCCCGAGGCCAUCAACAGAAUCGAGAAAGCAUAUAUCGAGUCGAGGACACAGAUCACAGGUUUCUUGCGACGGGAAAAGGGCGCGGAGAGAGCGCUCGAGUGCGUCAACAUCACUGCGUUGUGUGCUCUAAACAAGAGAUAUCUCAUGAUGGAAGGCGCCGCCAAGUGCGCCGGGGAUUGCCUGGUGGAUCUCACGUCCCGCGAGGGAGACUGGUUCCUGGACGAGAUGCGUCUAAUGUCGUCGCUUAUCGCCGAAUUGGUCACACUGAUACCGGAGAAUCACAAGACCAACAACGAUCCGAAAAUCUCAUUGAUACUCAAAUGCUUGAAGAGCGCCGACUGCAUCUACAAAGGUCUGCAAGAGCUCAAUUACAACUUUCAAACCAUCAUACUGCCAGAAGCAAUGAAAACCAUCAUCACAGAAGAGCCUAGUGUCAUGCGAAUGAUCAGUGAGCUCAGCGAGAUUGUGCUGACCGGGAUACCGCUCGGCGACAUCUUGGCCCAGCUCGAGAUACAUCUCAGAUUUACCGUCAUGGAGAUGGAGAGCCCGCACGCACUGGUACAAGGUUUAGUGACCAACAUGAGACUGCGAUUUGAAGCGUUACUGUCACGGCCCGCGGAGGUGCAAGACUUGAAUCAGGAGGAAACCUUGACACCGGGUCAGAUGUUGUUGAUGGGUUUCAAUGGCCUAUUCGAGAAACUGCAAAUGGAGGGUAACGCCUUAGUGGCCACGCUGAGCUCUUUGGACAUCCCGUUGAAUUGGAAGAAAAUUGACCAAAUACGAGAGGCCAAAGAGAUGUCGGCACCCAUCUUCAACAAAGCGGCUCGACAGGUCUUGGAGGAUAUAUUCUUGAUCAAGAGACUACACACUAUACAGGAAUUCUUUAUAAUGUGCAGAAAUAUUGCUACUGCAUUUAAAGGCGGAUUGACGAAUGUGUACGAUGAUGAACAUCUCAACAAGCCAGUCAGAGUAUUUACGGCCGAUUACGUGUCGAGACAGUUGCUUGGAGUGACGUCGCAAACACUGGCGAUCGCGUUAUGCUUUUUACUGCAGCGGAUGGGUCUAAAUGUAACCACCGAGAUCGAGCAGCGGGACAUCGGAGCGGAAAGUAAAGUCUCGAUAGAAGAACUGUGUCGGAAGAUCGUCGAUCUGUGCUUGAAGAGGGGAUUAUUCUCAGGCUCGGUCUUGGCUCAGGCGGGCGCGCUCAGCAGUACGUUAGAGAGCACUUUCAAGCGGAAACAGGGUGCUCGAUUGGCGCAACAGAGUGUCGAGGUCGCCAGAGCCAGUGCACAAAGACUCCAACUACAACUUACGGCUCAUCAUUGGUUGCACGAGGAUAUCUUGAUGCUGAGGACUAACAUGAAUCCAAUGAAUCCUCUAAAUCGCUCUACCUCCAUGUUGGAAUUGCGGAAAACAGCCGCGGCACUGUCGGGAUUGCAAUCACGAGUAUGCGAGGCUCGUGAACAGCAACAGAAUCUCGUCUCGAGCGCUAUACAACGCCUCAAGUGGGCCGCCGGUGCCAACCCGGCGCUAGGCGAAGUCAUGUCGGCAUUCGACAACGCGGUCUUGUCCUCGUGCGAGAAGCUGACCCGGCAACACAAUCUCGCGGCGAUGGUGGUGAACACGUGCAAUUCCAUACUGCGCUACGAGGCUCUGCGGACGCGUACAUCGGAGAGCUUGACGCACGACGCGAAUUUCGUGAAGCUGACGAAACACUGGGAGGAGAGCUGCAUGUUGACGGUUAACCUGAACAUUACCGUCACCAUGAUAGAGGAGAGCCUCGUGCAGCUGUUGCAGUUGGAAAACAACGUUGACGCCAAUUGGCUGAAGCAGGCGGAGAAGAUUGUGUCUGAAGCCAUCCUCGACACUCAGAAGAAAUUACAAGACAAACAGGAUCACCUAUACGCGGCCCAGGUCUGCUUGAGGGAGCGGGUGGCGGGUCUGCAGAACGUACUCACCGAGCACCACAGAUUGAUGUCAGACGUGAGAGUAUUGUUAAGAACGAUGGCCAAGCAGGAGAAUAUCGUCGGCUUGCAGGACUUCCUGUCGGCGUACCGUUCGUUCACAGAGAGCGUAUCAGGGGUGGUGAAGGAAUUAGAAUCUGAGAAGUUCGACAUAGCACGAAGUAUGGCAAUCAAGGAAGAGUUGCAGAGCAUGGCAAUUAAGUCGCCCGGCCUGUACAAUGAAUUACUAGAGUUUGCGAGCGAGCAGAGAUUGAACGCGGCGAAGAACGCAGAGAAGGACAGCCUGCAGAAGAAAAAGAACAAGUUGAUAAGACAGGACAGUGUGUGUAUGAGCCCGAGAAAAGGCGUGCCAUUAGCCAGAGAUCCGACCACGGGAAAAGCUAUGCAAGAGCGGAAUGCCUACGCGUUGAACGUGUGGCGUCGCGUGCGCAUGAAGCUGGAGGGUCGCGACCCUCAGCCGUCGCGCAAGUACACCACCGCCGAGCAAGUGGAGUACGUGAUACGCGAGGCGCAGAGCACCGACAACCUGGCGCUGCUGUAUGAGGGCUGGACACCGUGGGUCUGAACGGACAGCGGCUGGCGCGCGCGCGCGCCGAUGGCUCGACACUCCUCUCAUAACGGUGGUACUCAAGCUCGUACCGCUCGUCGUCGCCCUACGUUGCCGUAGAGGCGAAACUCUCUCCGCAUCUCGCGAUACCAGGUUGCGGCGAUACUCGACCAACCAGUCAUCCGCGCGAACCAAGUCAAUAGAAAAAAAGAGUCGUUUCAGAGGUUUUCAGAGGGUCGCUCGCGGCCUGCGUGAGCGUGCACGACAUGCGUCGCAGCUCGAUCCCCGGCACGACUACUGGGAAACAAAGCAACCUACUGUACCAAGUUGAUUCUGUCGUUGUCCCGAAAGCGUGGCUCGCGAGCGGUUUAUUAUGCGGAUUAACGGCUUUUUCGUUACUGUUUGUAUUUCACGGCACGCGGGCUGAAGGAGAACACGGGUUUGGGUCGUCAUGGGUGUGUGCGCUGGUGGAGUCCUUGUGAAUUCAAUCUCUUCUCUCGUCCAAGACUAUUCUCAUGAAACGCUCCUAGCGUUUUCAUAAUAAUUGGUUGGAUUUUUUGUGAGAGGAAAAGAAAGAAUAGGUUGAAUUGAUGAGGAUUUCCUAAGGUGAUACAGGCGAACGCGGAUGAACGGGCUUUACUUUAGUCGGGAGCCAUGGGAUUUUGGGAACCGUAUGGAAUCAGUUGCAACUGUUAAGCUAUAUAGUCACGUGAAAUUCGACUGACGAUAUUGACGGAAAGUAAUUGACGACGACAAUGAAUGAUGACGGUGACGAUGACGAUGGUACAGCGAGACGGCUUACGCAGUCGUGUGUGGUGUAAUGUCAUCGUGUCAGGAGAAAUAAGCAUGUCCUCGUAUGAGAUGCCUGUCGCCGGCUCGUUCGGCGAACUGGCAUCCUCCAGUCGGACGACGUAACGUUAUAAUUUUAAGUACAUAUAUGUGGUUAAUCAUAUUACAGGCAGACUUGACGAUUAAUUUGAUCAGAAAACGGAAACCGUCAGGCACACCAUCGCAACGUUAUUUUAACAAAAGGAGCAAAAUUAACAGAGGGACGAAUAGAUUUAUCAUUAUUAUUAUUAUUACUAUUAUUAUUAUUAUUGAGUUAUAUGUAACUGAAUAUGUCAAAAAUAUACACGCGCGAACACGUAUACACUUAGCACGAAUACACACAGGCUCAUAUACGCGAACGAACGUGUUUGAAAAGAAAUAGUCAACGGCACCACAAUUGGUGCAGUAAUUUUUCUUAAUUUGGACACAUAAAAAAUGUUUAUCGUUACGAUAUCCAUUAUUUUUUUACCAGUUACUACCGUGGGGAGGAAAAAGUUCUAAGUGCAAUUAAUCAGUUUUUAACCGGGACAUAAUAAAAUGCAAUAAUACAAAUUUUGAAAACUUUUUUUAUAAAAAAAUCAAGAUUAUUUACAGUUUUUUAAAUGAAGCUAUAUUUUUUUAUCCAUAGUAUUGUAAAAAGA